AUGAAGAAAGUUAUUGUAUUUUGGAGUUUUCUUUUCAUCAAUUUAGAAGUGUCAAUUUGUCUCCGUGUGGUAGGAAUAUCGGUUCCCACACUCAAGCAGAAAGGUGAGUCAGUUACCUUCACAUGUGACUAUGAUCUUGAGGGAGGGAAGCUGUACUCGGUAAAAUGGUACCGCGAUAAUGAGGAAUUCUACCGGUACAUGCCAAGGUUGCGGCCCCCGCAGCAUGCCCACAAGUUAGAUGGAGUAAGAGUUGAUUUGGAAAAAUCCAGUGCUCGACGCGUGCAUCUUCGAGAACUGACGUUGAAAUCUAGAGGGUCAUAUCGGUGCGAAGUUUCAGAAGAAGCCCCUUCCUUUCACUCUGCGCAGGCUGAGAUGUUCAUGGAAGUCUAUUAUUUUCCGCGCGACAGCCCGCGCAUUGUUGGUCACGAACGCUCUUACGAACUAGAAGAACCACUCGAUGUUAACUGCACAUCUGCUAAAUCAUUUCCCGCACCAGAUUUACAAUGGCUAAUAAACGGAGAAAAAGUAACUGAAAAGUCAUGGUUAGUAACCUACGACCCCAUACCAGCGCCUCAAGGUUUACUAAUGUCCACCCUGGGAUUGCGUGCUCCUGCCAAACGUCAUAUGAAAAUACGUUGCAUAGCCAGUAUUGGCUCACAUAGACGAGAACGAAGUGUCCUACUAGAAAUCAGUUCUGCAAAUUGGAGAAGAGCACCAAGUAUAAAUAUAAUAGUUCUGAUCGGAUGCGUCAAUAAAAUUCUUCAAACCAUGUCGUGAUAAGUCAAUAUUUUUACGGUUUUUGUUACAUAUAUUUUAUUGUAAAUAAAUUAUUCUUUUUGAA